AUGGGUCGGAAAGACGCUCAAAAAUCAGUCUCCAAGAUUUCCUCCGCCUCCUCUCCCGCAGUGGCCGCCGGUGUCAAUACUCGAAAAUCCUCAGUGCUGAAAUCAGCGUUUGCUCCCUCACAACUGCAACUGCACCUCUUCGCCUCAGUCAUCCAGAGUUUUGACGUUCACCAAUUGCGCAUUCAUGAUACGAAUACGGGACGUCUACGCAGCCAGCAUGAGACCAGAGCCGGGUCAAAGAUCACUUGCCUCGAUUGGGGAUACUAUGGUGCGGCAUACCGGGAACGACAACAAUCAGCUUCAAAGAAGAAGCGCAAGCGGGAGUCGGAGAGCACUGAUGGCGCAGUCCUCGCCUAUGGAACCAAUUCCUCCCAGAUCUGCAUGUUCUCGCCUGCCGAGGGUCGAAUUGUAGGUACUCUAAGUGGAGGACACGAACGAGGUGUCAAAGAUUUUAAAUUCUCUCGCACGGACUACCAGCAUGGUUGGAGCAUAGGCGAAGACGCAAGAUUAUUGGAAUGGGAUCUGGCCAAGGACCAGCCCAUCAGGACAAUCAACCUCCCGGACCCUGCUAUCAGUAUCCUCGCUUCACCGGCCCAAAACACCCCUCAGAUCAUCUGUGCCUCUUCCACCCCGUUUGCAAUCGACCUCGUGUCGUCCGAUGAUUUUCGGAUAGAUCGCUUCGAUUCCUUCAAAAAUCCAGUGCACGCUCUAUGUCGGUCAAGCUCAAAUGUUGCAGAGACUCCUGGAUACUUCCUUGCUGCAGACUCAGAGAGAUACGUCAACGUCUAUGACAUAUCGCAAAAGAGACUGGUGCGCACUUUAGUCGCAGGAAGUGGUGUCAUCUCUUUCGACCUUGCGACUCCCCCAGUCGAAACGGCAGAUGCCCUCCGCGACCAAGUUCUUUGCGUGGUGACAAAGGAAGGGACUGUUGAGAUCUUUCCCAAACCUUUUGUUGAGAAUCAGCCAGUUAAUGGAGACUUGAAAUCCAGCCGAAAGAACCUCACCAGGAAAGCAUCGGCUACGAUUCAAUUGGUCACCCCAGACUCCAAAGUCAAACAUAUACCGGUCUUUGCAGCAUUCCUCCAAGGAUCUGAUGUCAUCGUCGUCUCCGCCGAUGGAGGUGUGGAUCUGGCCUUUCAAAGAGUGAGAUGGCAAGACGAAGGAAACGGAGAAGUCCUGUUUGAAGGCGUCAAAGAGGUCGUGAAAGCGGCGAGUUCAUCUACUCUCAACACCGCUACCCUCAACGGAGUCAAGGAUCUCGGGAAAACAUUUGUGGAUGAGUCGAGGACUGUCGUCGUCAAUGGCGGAGCAGGAGGCGCACCUCUGGGCCCUGCGAUCUCGAUCUCGGACAGCGAGGGCGAGGAAGAGCCUGACGAUGCAGAAGAUGGUGGAUCUGCAGACGAAGCGGCGACCACGACGAAGGACGCAGAAGUGGUCGAAGGUGAUGAAGCCCCGGGGAUGGACUCCGAUGAAGAAAUGGCAGACGCCGACCCAGAAGCAGAAGAGGGAGAGCCUUCCUUUGGAGAACUCUUAGCAUCCAAACACCCCCAUGAGAUAUCCAUCGCAUCAGCCAUUCCCCAGCACGAUACCUCCAUCAUCACUCUUAAGCCUGGCCAAACGACAAUUCCCUCCGGCAUGUCUCUCUCCACAGUACUUACCCAAUCACUCCGCACCAAUGACACCUCUCUUCUGGAAGCUUGUCUCCACACUCUCGACAUGUCCAUUGUCAAAUCCACCAUCCAACGGCUCGACUCCACUCUCGCUGGCAUUCUCCUCUCAAAACUCGCCGAACGACUCGCCUCUCGUCCGGGCCGCUAUGGACAUCUCAUUACGUGGGUGCAGUGGACGUGUGUCUGUCACGGUGGAGCGAUUGCAAGCCAGCCCGAUGUCGCAGCAAAAGUGAGGACGCUGUAUGAGGUGUUGAACGCGAGGAUGAAGACGUUGGAUGAUUUGUUACUGCUCAAGGGAAAGUUAGAUAUGCUGGAUGCACAGCUAGCUUAUCGAAAACAGUUGCUGGCUCAGAGACCACCUGGCAGCAGAAAAGGAAGAGAUGAGCCCGGGAUCAUAUAUAUUGAAGGGGAAGAUAACUGGGAUAGUGACGACGAAGAUUUGGAUGAGGAAAUUGCCAGACCGACCAAGAAAUCAAGGACGAAGCAGCAGCGAGAUCUCGAUGAGCUCAUCGGUGGAGAUGAAGACGAGGAGGAUGACGAAGAUCUCAUGCCUCUCGAAAACGGCACUCAGGAUAUGUCAUCUGACAACGAAGACGACGAAGAGGAUGAGGAUGAAGAUGAGGAGGAAGAACCCCGGUUGAACGGCGUGCGCAGUACGCGGAGCCUUGUCGAUGAUGAAGCUGAAGUGUCCAGCGCUGAAGAAUCUGACCCGGACGAUGACGGGCCGUCUCCAGCAGGUUCAGAGUCUCCAUCCGUCGCAUCUUCUGAUAAUGAGGAGGGGAGUGGAGAUGAAGAGAGCGACGACGAUGAAGACGACUCGGAAAUGGACAGCUUCAUCAAUGACGGAUCCGUCGACUUUGAAGAAGAAGAGGGUGAUGAAGUGCGUGUGCCUGGUGACUCUAGCGACGAAGAAGAGGGUGGAGACGAAGACCAGGAUGAUGCGCCCGAGGACGCCGAACCGCUAUCGAAACCAAUUCCUGUCACCAAUAAAGGAAAGGGUCUAAAGGUGGGGGGAAAAGCCCCAAUUAUCGACGACGAUGAUAUGGACGUGGACCUGGAGACGCCAAAGUCGAAAUCGAAGUCGAAAUCGGGCAAGAAAAUGCACAGGACCGGAGCUUGA